AAAUGGAGCCUAUAUUUUUUCAAUCUCAGGAUUCCACAUUAUGAGUCAUGCUUCCUAUUAUGACAACUGCGGUUGUAUCCUGAUAAAAUAUGAUCAUACCUUCAAUAAUUGAGUCACUAUAAUUAAGUUCCCACAUUUUCUCUGCUGUUGUGUGCCUUCAUAUUUGGAUUUCAAACUCCAAAUAUAUAAAAUAGAAGAGUAGCUGGAUCCCUGAUCAAAUGAUUGGCUAUCUCUUUAGCAAAUUGAGCUCAAAGUCGUUGCAGAAUAAAAAAUAUUGAUCACGCCAUCCGUAAGGGAAAAAUUUGUCAUCAGGGAUGUGCUUAAAUCAGGAUACAAAAACGAUUGUCCAUACCGAAGAUCGUAAUCUUUUUGGAAUAUCCGCAUAUAAUUGGAAGUCCUUAGAAGUUAUUCAGUUUCCCAGAGAGUGAUAGUUAGGCUAAAGCCAAGCAGAAACAUAUGAAAUCAUCUGUCUUGUUCACACAUAAAGCUUGUAGUUUUCUACUCCCGUUUGAUGCUAUAAAAGAAACUCAUUAUCAUCUUCUCCCCACACACACACACACACACAAGUAGGAAUGGAAGUGAAACUCAAUUUGCUUAUCUUCUCCACUGUUUUGCAAUGCUUGUUAGUUUUGUGUGUUGCACAAGAUUUCGACUUUUUCUAUUUUGUUCAGCAGUGGCCAGGAACAUAUUGCGACACAGAUCAAAGCUGCUGUUAUCCUACAUAUGGUAAACCCGCAUCAGACUUCGGUAUUCAUGGUCUCUGGCCUAACUACAAUGAUGGCUCCUACCCGUUCAACUGUGAUUCUAGCAAUCCUUUCGACGAAUCCCAGAUAUCAGACUUGGUGAGCAGAAUGCAAGAGCAUUGGCCAUCACUGUCGUGUCCAAGCAGCAAUGGCACAACAUUUUGGUCACACGAGUGGAAUAAGCACGGAACAUGUUCAGAAUCCGUCCUAAACCAACACGCCUACUUCAAAUUAGCACUUGACCUAAAAGACAAUCUGGGAAUCCUCCAAAUCCUUCAGGGUGCCGGAAUCCAACCGGACGACGGAUCAUACAGCUUGAGCAGCUUAAAAGAUGCAAUCAAGGGUGAAAUUGGCGCAACCCCUUAUAUUGAAUGCAGCACUGAUUCUUCUGGGAAUAGCCAGCUUUACCAAAUUUACGUAUGCGUUGAUACUUCUGGAUCAAAUGUGAUUGAAUGCCCUGUUACCCCAUCUGGGAAAUGCUCCUCUAGUAUAGUAUUCCCAUCAUUUUGAACUUUUUCAUUCAUUACCAUGUCCGAUUGUCCAUGCAAGUCUGUGUUUAUCAUCAUGAUUUUUAAACGCAAGUCUUCCGAAAAAUAAUUUUCUUUGUUAAACUUUUUUUUUUAAUUGAAUUAUUAUUUUACCUUCAAUCCCAAGUGUAACACUGCCGUAACGUCAAAGGAAUAUAACUGCUUUGAAGUACUAGCAGCAGCCCCGCAACAAUAUGUGUUUUCAAAUAUUACUCAAAAAAUAAAAUCAUGUUCACAUUAUUUAUGCAAUUAUUCAGUUGUAUUAGCAAAUAGGUUCCAUUUUAAUAGUUCAUUAAAGAAAUAAAUAAUGCAUCGUAAAGUAAAG